AUGAAACGACAGCAAGACAGGGACAUCUCACCUCGAAACAAACGACCCCGAGGUAGUUAUGUCUCUAGUGAUCACGACGUUAACAGAAACCCACUGACCCCGGACAUGGAUAGACGUACAGCAGUAGGUACCAACAAUUCUGGUAGUAGUAAUAAUAAUAGUAGUAGCACUGGUGCCGCCACUGGUAAGGUCCUUUCAACGGGUGGGGCCCCAACCACUAUCAACCGAGGUGGAACUACAGGAAAAUCUUACCGAACUAGCUAUGAUCACAAUUUGGAUCAUUCCCGGAAGCCAUACAGAGACGACAGAUUAGGUGGCGGCGUCAGUAGCGACUAUGUCCACCACAAUUCGUCAUCAUCGUCGUCGUCUUCGUCUCGGACAACGGCAGCCGUUGAGAACAGACAGCCGCCACCGCCCCCGAGUUCUACCUCGAUAUUGGAAAUGUACCGGUCAUUAUGUAUCAGCAACCUCAACCCUAAAAUAUCUGAAACAAUACUCAUAGAAUCUCUUCAUCGCGAAUUCGAACGAUUUGGUGCAUUUAAUAUCCGGAUGUCUUACUCCGGCGACCAGAUGGUUGCCUACAUCAAUUUUCGAUACCCUGAAGAUGCCCGCAAUGCCAGACACGGAAAAUCGGACCUAGUUCUGUUCGACAGACAAUUACGUGUGGAGCCCGUUUUGAACAACAGACGACGCGGUGAUAGCCCCUCGGGUACAGAGUAUGUCCCUAGGAUAGGGCCCCUGGUCAGUGGCACUGGUUCUGAUCGGUUCAUAAACCGAAGUAUUUCACCUGGACAACAGCAACCGUCACUCGCUGGACCCGGACGGCGAACUUCACGUAAUAUGAACCCGCCUCGCGACCUCUCUAGGGAGAGGGAGUACCUUUACUCUGAUUCGAGGCACGCGAAUAUUGAUAAAAAUACACCCAACCAGCGCCACCCGUCUCCAGAGACAGAGGAAAAAGCCACCAGGACGUUAUUUGUGGGUAAUCUGGACCAUAAUGUUUCCGAAAAUGAUCUAAGGAGACAUUUUGAACGGUUUGGUGUCGUCGAAGAUGUUGAUAUAAAGAGACAACAGAGAGCACAAGGAAAUUCUUAUGCUUUUGUUAAGUUCAUCAACCUGGACUGUGCCCAAAGGGCUAAAGUUGAGAUGUCAGGUAAGCACAUAGGUAAGUUUCAGUGUAAAAUUGGUUAUGGAAAAGUUACUCCCACUACUUGCCUGUGGGUCGGAGGACUAGGCUCAUGGAUCAAUUACCAAACCUUGUAUCGUGAGUUUGACCGCUUUGGGGCAAUUAGAAGCAUCGUGUGGACACGGGGGAAAACUUAUGCCUAUGUUUUAUAUGACAGCAAAGAUGCAGCCCAGGCUGCAUUUCAAGAAAUGAGACGGAAUCCGUUUGGGGAGAAGGAAUUUUCUCUUCGAGUCGACUUUUCAGAUUCAACCCACAUUGCUUUGUCUUCGCCACCAUCACUCGACGAAAAAUAUGAAACUGCUGACCACAUAAGAACCUAUGCAACAGUUCCAUACGGGUGCAGUGGAGAUCAGCGACGAUCAGACGGGUUUGUAGACCUCCACAGCUCGAACAAGGUCCGUCCACGUGAUCACUGGCACCCACUGGAAUCUGACCCCAUCAAUGUUUUCCGCAACCCGGACAAUCCGCGUGAUUUUGAGCACCGCGGUAGCCGUGUUGACCAAGUUGAUAGAUCGAUCAGUGUCCACGGUGACCGUCGCAAAAGGGGCCACUCUCCUGUGGAUGAUUUUGAUAACCAGAAAAGAUAUCGUUCACACAGCCGGGAACGACUCACCACUUAUAGGAACAGAGACAAUGAGAUCCGUGAUCACAAUAAUAAACUGGGGAUAAAAAUGGUACAGGAACAGCAACAACAACAACAGCAACAGCAGCAGCAGCAACAACAACAGCAGCAGCAACAGCAACAACAACAUCUGGGUGAGAAUUUUCACGAGAAGGAUGUUCGAAAUAUGGAUGCUAUCAAAAAAGCUCGACCACCAACCGAGAAGGAGCUCAGUGUUGCUGAGCAUGUCAACAAUCUUGUUGACUUAGCCAAAUGUCUGCCAGUUGCCUGGAAUGGAGCACUGAUCUUAAAAAACAGUGCCUUUCUUGCUCGCAUGCAUGUGGUCAGUGGGGAUGUGACCAUUGUGGACACUUUGAUGAGAGAUCCGACUACUACGGAAACCUCUGUUCUGCGUAUCACACAGAGACUACGGCUGGACCAGCCUAAACUUGAGGAGGUUGGUAGACGGGUCAGCUCAUCUGGGUCCCACGGACACUGCAUCUUGUUGGCAUUACCAAGCACUUUGCCGAACUAUGAAGUUGGACAGGCCCAACAAAGACCCUUAAAGAAUUUGGUUAGCUAUCUCAAGCAGAAGGAGGCUGCUGGCGUGAUAUCUUUACCCCCAAAUCCAUCAAAGGAUAAAGAGAACGUUGGAGUUCUUCAUGCAUUCCCUCCAUGUCAAUUUGGUUACAACUUCCUUCUGAGUUGUGCCCCCAAAUUACCCACUGAACCAAUCAAGGAAGAUUAUUUAGUUGUGAUUGUUGUUCGGGGAGCCACCUGA